AAAAAGUCCAACUGUACAAAGAGUAUAAAUAGAAAGCAGAGAAAAACCGCCUCGCCGAAACGGUGUUUUGGGAGGACGGAACGAUGAGUGACCUCCAACUUUAUUAUCUUCCGCCACCGCCACUUCCGAUUCCGGCAUCGAAUUCAUCCCACGGACACGAUGAUCUUCCCCCUCCGUCUUCUUCACAUGAACAGCGUCCUUCUGCGUCUGGAAGCAAGCGUUUCGAUCCCAGCCGGAUGAUUGGUAUAAUCCGAAGAAAAGCCUUGGUAAGAGAUCUGGCUGCUGUGUAUCAUGCAGAGUGCCUUGCUUACUGCCAGGGACUCUUGGAAAUGCAAAGAAAAGCAGAAGAGGCCUAUGCUGAUUUGAAAGUUGAAGAAAAGUCUAAGAAAGAAACAUCAAGGCCUCCAAAACGACUGAAGAAAUCUCGUUAGGCAUCUACUGUUUUGUGGCGUCAUGACAUUCGUACUUUCUAGUCAGGUUCGUAAUACUUUUUGUUGGCUAGGGUAAGAUUUGCAUAUCCAAGGUCUGACAUUUAUGUUCUUUACAUAACAAACAAAAAAAAUGAAGUAAGAUUUGGGUAUCACCGAAUUGACUUGAAUUAUUUAUUUCAGGUUUCAUAGAUGUCAUGUUUUUUGAUUUGCCAAAUUUAGUUGGGCAAUAUUUAGUCUGUUAGGUCCAUUAUAUGGCACAUCAGCACGUGCGAGAGUUGGACCUAAAACUAUCAGCAACUUCUGGUACAUUCUUGCAGCACCAAGGGCGUCGUAUGAAUGUAAUUAAUGUUUAACUUGGUCCUGUAAAAUCUUUUCCUUUUCUAUUUUGUAUGUUGCUUGUGGAUCGUUUGAUGACAGUUCUGGAUACAAAAAUGUCAGAAUCCUUUUCUUAUAAGUGUGUAGGAAGUAUUACAAUUGGGCUCAAGUAUAUUAUAAAUAUGUUCAAAAGUCGUAUACUACCAUAUUUUGUGUUCCAGACUUGCAGUUCCGCACGGAUCAAUUUUCUACAUUAGCAGGUACAUCAAGGGCAGUAAAUUUGAACAUAAGGUGCAAAAUGACUAAACCUUGCACAAGC